CUGGAGCUUCAUGGAGACAAACACACUUUAGGUCUACUGCACGUUCAUUUCUUCCUCACUUUCUACCAGACAAUUUUUACUUGCACAUGCUUGCCAUCUGUGAUCUGGAUAAAUUGAGUGAAAACAAUUUUUUUAUGGAAGUAACGUCCUAGGGGACCGAGGACCUGCAAGUCUGGUCAAGUUUGCUAAAUAUUGCGAAAUCUAGGCUACUUCCUGGGAAUGUAUUUUUGUCUCUCUCUCUUGUUGUGAAAGGUGUGUCUACUUGUGAAAUAUUUGUUCGUUGUAUGUCCCAUCUCAGCAAAACAUUUUCUAACUGACAUUAUAGGCCUAUGCCCAGAGCUUCUAAAAGAGAAAGAAAAAAUGUUAAACCAAAGCAGGAUUCUUAUAAAAGGAGGGAAAAUUGUGAACGAGGAUUGCUCCAUUAUCAGUGAUGUCUACAUUGAAGACGGACAAAUUAAAGAAGUCGGAUUAAACCUCCAAAUCCCGGUCCGGAGUUAUCGUUAUAGAUGCCACUGAUAAACUGGUGAUACCGGGUGGUAUCGAUACCCAUACCCACAUGGAGUUGGCGUUUAUGGGCACCAAAGCAGUAGAUGAUUUCCAUAUUGGAACUAAGGUAAGAAUAGUUUUGUGUUGUUUGAUUUCACUGCAUUAGGAAUAUUCACUAGUAAAUCAGAACAAAAAUAAUUACAGUGCCUUCAGAAAGUAUUCAUAACCCUUGACUUAUUCCACAUUUUGUUGGGGAAUUCAAAAAGGAUUAAAUAGAUGUCUUUCUCUCCCAUCUACACACAAUAACCCAUAAUGACAAAGUGAAUAGAUGUUUUUAGAAAUGUUCACAAAUUCAUUUACAUAAGUAUUCACACCCCUCAGUCAAUACUUCGUUGAAUAACCUUUGGCAGAAAUUACAGCUGUGUGUCUUUCUGGGUAAGUCUCUAAAAGCUUUCCACACAUGGAUUGUGCAACAUUUGCUCAUUAUUCUUUUCAAAAUUCUUCAAGCUCUGUCAAAUUGGUUGUUAAUCAUUGCUAGACAACCAUUUUCAGGUCUUGCCAUAGACCUUCAAGGAGAUUUAAGUCAAAACUGUAACUCGAACCACUCAGGAAUAUUCAUUGACUUCUUGGUAAGCAACUCCACUGUAGGUUGGCCUUGUGUUUUAGGUUAUUGUCCUGCUGAAAGGUGAAUUAAUCUACCAGUGUUUGGUGGAAAGCAGACUGAACCAGAUUUUCCUCUAGGAUUUUGCCUGUGCUUAGCUCCAUUCUGUUAAUUUUUUAUCCUGAAAAACUCGCCAGUCCUUAAUGAGUACAAGCAUACCCAUAACAUGAUGCAGCCACCACUAUGCUUGAAAAUAUGGAGAGUGGUACUAAGUAAUGUGUUGUAUUGGAUUUGCCCCAAACAUAACACUUUGUAUUCAUGACAAAAAGUGAAUUGCUUUGCCAAAUGUUUAGCAGUCAAUUAGGUUAGUAUUGUGGAGUAACUACAAUGUUGUUGAUCCUUCCUCAGUAUUUUUCUAUCACAACCAUUAAACUCUGUAACUGUUUUAAAGUCACCAUUUGCCUCGUGGUGAAAUCCCCUGAGCAGUUUCCUUCCUUUCCGGCAACUGAGUUAGGAAGGACGCUUGUAUUUUUGUAGUGACUGGGUGUAGUUAUACACCAUUCAAAGUGUAAUUAAUAACUUCACCAUGCUCAAAGGGAUAUUCAAUGUCUACAUUUUUUUUUAUCCCAUCUACCAAUAGGUACCCUUCUUUGCAAGGCAUUGAAAAACCUCCCUGGUCUUUGUGGUUGAAUCUGUGUUUGAAAUUCACUGCUCGACUGAGGGACCUUACAGAUAAUUAAUUGUAUGUUUCUGGGUACAGAGAUGAGGUAGUCAUUAAAAAAUCCUGUUAAAUACUAGUAUUGCACACAGAGUGAGUCCAUGCAACUUAUUAAGCACAUUUUUACUCCUGAACGUAUUUAGGCUUGGCAUAACAAAAGGGGUUGAAUACUUAUUGACUCAAGACAUUUCAGCUUUUCAUUUUUAAUUAAUAUGUAAACAUUUCGAAAAACAUAAUUCCACUUUUACAUUAUGGGGUAUUGUGUGUAGGCCAGUGACAAAACAUCUAAAUGUAAUCCAUUUAAAAUUCAGGCUGUAACACAACAACAUUUGGGUGUGAAUAUUUUCUGAAGGCACUGUAGUUGUCUGUCUUUUCUGUAUUAGAGGUAGGAUACAUAAAACCCCAUUUAAUGAAGUACAUACUGUACCUUUACAUAAUUAAAAACAUAUAAUCAGUAGGCUAUUAAACAAAAAAAGCAUUAUAAUGUGCAGUAGAUGGCCGAUGCUGCAGAAAUGCAAGUACAUUUUUCAGUGCUGAAAGUACAGUGUAGCCUACCACUUCCCUGUAAAGUGCACUCCUCCAUAACGUUUCAUUGAGAGGUGUGAUCAACCACCCCCCAUCAUCAACAUCAUCAUUACACUGCAGUGUAUUUUUAUACUGAAAAAGUAUAAAAGAGCAUUAGUGAGGCAUUAGUCGGGCACUGAUGUUGGGCGAUUAGACCUGGCUCGCAGUCGGUGUUCCAAUUCAUCCCAUAGGUGUUAGAUAGGUUGAGGUCAGGGCUCUGUGCAGGCCAGUCAAGUUCUUCCACACCGAUCUCGACAAACCAUUUCUGUAUGGACCUCGCUUUGUGCACGGGGGCAUUGUCAUGUUGAAACAGGAAAGGGCCUUCCCCAAACUGUUGCCACAAGUUGGAAGCACGGAAUAGUCUAGAAUGUCAUUCAUUGUAUGCUGUAGCGUUAAGAUUUCCCUUCACUGGAACUAAGGGGCCUAGCUCGAACCAGCCCCAGACCUUUAUUCCUCCUUUACAGUUGGCACUAUGCAUUGGGGCAGGUAGCGUUCUCCUGGCAUCCGCCAAACCCAGAUUCGUAUGUCGGACUGCCAGAUGGUGAAGCGUGAUUCAUCACUCCAUAGAACACGUUUCCACUGCUCCAGAGUCCAAUGGCGGUGAGCUUUACACCACUCCAGCUGACGCUUGGCAUUGCACAUGGUGAUCUUAGGCUUGUGAGCGGCUGCUCGGCCACGGAAACCCAUUUCAUGACGAACAGUUAUUGUGCUGACGUUGCUUCGAGAGGCAGUUUGGAACUCGGUAGUGAGUGUUGCAACCGAGGACAGACGAUUUUUACGUGCUACACGCUUCAGCACUCGGCGGUCCUGUUCUGUGAGCUUGUGUGGCGUUGUUGCUCCUAGACCUUUCCACUUCACAAUAACAGCACUUACAGUUGGCCAGGGGCAGCUCUAGCAGGGCAGAAAUUUGCCGAACUGACUUGUUGGAAAGGUGGCAUCCAAUGACGGUGCCAUGUUGAAAGUCUGAGCUCUUCAGUAAGGCCAUUCUACUGCCAAAGUUUGUCUAUGGAGAUUGCAUGGCUGUGUGCUUGAUUGUAUACACCUGUCAGCAACAGGUGUGGCUGAAAUAGCCUAAUCUACUAAUUUGAAGGGGUGUCCACAUAUUUUUGUAUAUAUAGUGUACUUUGAAGAGGUAGUGAUUGGGUCUGUAUAGGUGUUUAGCGUUUGGUAGUCUAAAUUCAGUGUACUUGCCUUUAACUGCCAUUUCCUGAAAGUCAGACUCUUCCCACAUGCCAACUCAGAAGCAUCUGCAUUCACCAAAUGUUGUGUGGUUAUCCUUAUAUAUGUAUAUAUAUAUAUAUAUAUAUAUAUAUAUAUAUAUAUAUUCUCCAGACUUGCCCAGAGUGAAUUGUUGAUAUGUUGGCAUAUUUUUUUUAUUGUAGAUAACCUUUUCUUUGGAAAAAUGCACCAAACAUGCAUUUUAUGUACAUGUCUUUAGUAAGAUGAAAAAAAGUAUUUAUCCACAAUAUGCUCUGGACAAGUCCGGUUCUGAAGUGUCUUAACAAAAUGAAACCAAAAUAUUUAGGCUUACUUCAUCCAGUGUCCAGAAAAAUAGAGUUGUGCGAUAUGCACAUAUGUGCAUAUUUAAUGAGAUAUCACCUCAUUUGCAUAUUUUAAUAACAUAUUUCAGUUAUUUUUUUUUUACAAAAAAACGUUUUUAUUUCCAUGUCUACAUUCAACUGGUACAAAUGUAUAAUGAUAUGAUUAAGGGCCUUAAAUCAAUGUGCCCUAGUUAACAUGCAUUACAAUUAUUGACUGUUAACACAACAACUGAGCCUUUUCCUUCUCAAAGCAACUGUUCAGAGUAUUCAGAAGUUGUUGAUUGUGCUCUUCACAAGUCCUUAGUGUCAGCCCUAGCUAUGGAAACACAACUUCCCCAAAAAUAACACUACGUCUUACACCCCAAAAAAGAUUGGGACCCAGGCCAGAUGGGGAAAUGCCAUUAUGUCAUGCUCAAAUUAUCUCAAAGUAACUUUAAACCAAGUAAUUUAACUCCCUUGCAGAGAUGAUUUGGGCAUGGAAUGAAAAUUAUGCGAACUGAGGGACAUUGACUUGCAUCUAAUAUUAGUGGUUGGUACAGUGGCUAUUUUUAACAAAACCAAAGCAUGGAUUGCAUUCUCUCCUUGUACAUAAUCUGUCUACACUCUAACCCCAAACGCUAUCUGUAGUAAACUCUAACCCUGCUCUCCAUUGAACCUAAACCCUGUUCUGUGUAUCUCAAUCCAUGGAACCUAAACCCUGUUCCGUGUAUCUCUAUCCAUGGAACCUAAACCCUGUUCCGUGUAUGUCUAUCCAUGGAACCUAAACCCUGUUCCGUGUAUCUCUAUCCAUGGAACCUAAACCCUGUUCUGUGUAUCUCUAUCCAUGGAACCUAAACCCUGUUCCGUGUAUCUCUAUCCAUGGAACCUAAACCCUGUUCUGUAUAUAUCUCUAUCCAUGGAACCUAAACCCUGUUCUGUUUAUCUCUAUCCAUUGAACCUAAACCCUAUUCCGUACAUCUCUAUCCACGCUGUCCUGGAAAGUGGCAGGAGGCACUAUCAUGAUCCUGGACUACACCGUAAACAUUACCCCCUCAUAUCCACCCCUCUCUAAACCCUAACCUAUCUACAUCAUACCCUAACCCUGCUCUCUGUACCCAGGCUGCCCUGGCAGGAGGGACCCCACUCCUGGAUAUACCCCAUACCACCACCCCUAAACCCUAACCCCCUCUCUAAACCCUAACCCUGCUCUCUGUACCCAGAAUGCCCUGGCAGGAGGGACCACCCUCCUGGAUAUACCCCAUUCCACCACCCCUAAACCCUAAAUCCUAACCCCUUUUCUAAACCCUAACCCUGCUCUCUGCACCCAGGCUGCCUUGGCAGGAGGGACCACCAUGAUCCUAGACUUUGUGAUCCCCCAGAGAGGCACGUCCCUGCUGGAGGCCUAUGAUAGGUGGAGGGACACGGCUGACGCCAAGGUCUGCUGUGACUACUCCCUCCAUGUGGCCGUCACAUGGUGGAGCGACAAGGUAGUGCCACAUCAGGGCCAUCAUGCCCGUUUUUAUCUAUAAUCUAUUUUCUAACCUGAAAAUACAAAUAUCAAAUUUGCCCAUCAGAACCCAAAAAUUUUUUAUGCAUCAGACUCAUGCUCAUGUGACGAGGUAGCCUUCCCAGCACCCUGUAUUUCUAUCCCAAGUAAGAGACUGGGGUUCCCAUCAGUUACAUUUGUACAGAUCGUUACAAAAUAAGUAACCAUUUCUGUCCCAGACUGAAAUGUUUCAUUUAUUUGUCUUGAUCUGUGAAUGUUUUGUGAGAUUGGGCAGGAUUUAAAACGUUGUUUAUUCUGGCCUGACGCCAUCAAAUCUAUAGGGAUUUUAUAAAAUAGCGGACUUGUUUUGAAAAUGAGGGACACUGUUACUGUAGAUUCAAUCCAGUCAGCGGUAGAUCAGCGUUAUAGCACGCUUGACAUUUAAAGGUAAUUUCCACUUGAGACAAAAAAUUGUUUAUGGUGAAUGCUGUCUCCGCCAAAGCGGGAAUAUUGCCUUUAAAAGGUGCAUCUCCAGCAAAGAACUGAAUCCCGGCCUUAAUCUCAGCAAUAUCUACUUAUAAAUAAAAAUACCAUGUGGUAAUAGACUCCAUGGAGACCUGGGAUGGACAGUAUGUCAAUACAUGGUUUUUACAGAGAUGUUAACAGUCUUAUCUCUCAGCAUUGCAAAGAAAAGCAUCAAAACUAAUUUGCUUUUUGCUAAAACCCUUCUAGGUCAAGAAGGAAAUGGAGACUUUGGCCAAAGAGAAAGGUGUCAACUCCUUCAAGAUGUUCAUGGCAUACAAGGAUGUGUUCAUGCUUCAAGACCAUGAGCUGUAUGCUGCGUUUUCCCAAUGCAAAGAGAUUGGAGCUAUAGCCCAGGUGCACGCAGAGAAUGGAGACCUUAUUGCAGAGGUAUUCCCAAACAUUCCUGACCACAACAAAGCCAAUAUGGCUCAAACCAGGGGUUCGUUCAGUUCGCUUCAAUGUUUGCAACGUUGUGUGACGGUUUGUACUGAACGACACAUUGCCACCAAAUGGUACGCACCAUUCUUCAACAGCCUUUGAGGUAAGUUUGCUCAAGUUUGGUGGGUGUGGUGAGGUGUGCCCUGAUCAAUUUAAGUGUGACCAUUUGAAAUCAUAAAAAUCAUGCAGCAAACCAUAUGGUAACUGCCGUCUGGGCCACCAUAAUCACAAAAUGUUUCAACUGGUCGUUCAGUACAUUACUGCUUUCAUUGAAUUUAACGUUGCACACUGUUCUGUCGUACUGAACGCUCCCCGGAAAAAAACAUGGAACCUUGUGGGUAACAAUGUACCCAUACAAUAUCCCAUGAACCAGGACUGAACAAAGGUUAAUUUAUCAACUGUUGGUGAGAAAAUACAAAUGACCUAUUUUGACAGACUAAGCAAAUACAUUAUGUUGAGAAAGGUUCAGUCAGGAGUUCCUAUUGACUGUCUGCUCAGUGUGUAAGUAUUCCAGAGGUCAUUGGUUUACGUUAAUGUUUAAUCCUGAUGUAACCUAAUAGAUGACUAAACAAGAAACAAGCCAUGCAAAACUAACCGUAUCCAAGCCAUGCAAAACUAUCCCUAUCCAAGCCAUGCAAAACUAUCCCUAUCCAAGCCAUGCAAAACUAACCCUAUCCAAGCCAUGCAAAACUAACCCUAUCCAAGCCAUGCAAAACUAACCCUAUCCAAGCCAUGCAAAACUAUCCCUAUCCAAGCCAUGCAAAACUAACCCUAUCCAAGCCAUGCAAAACUAACCCUAUCCAAGCCAUGCAAAACUAUCCCUAUCCAAGCCAUGCAAAACUAUCCAUAUCCAAGCCAUGCAAAACUAACCCUAUCCAAGCCAUGCAAAACUAUCCCUAUCCAAGCCAUGCAAAACUAACCCUAUCCAAGCCAUGCAAAACUAACCCUAUCCAAGCCAUGCAAAACUAACCCUAUCCAAGCCAUGCAAAACUAACCCUAUCCAAGCCAUGCAAAGCUAACCCUAUCCAAGCCAUGCAAAACUAACCCUAUCCAAGCCAUGCAAAACUAACCCUAUCCAAGCCAUGCAAAACUAUCCCUAUCCAAGCCAUGCAAAACUAACCCUAUCCAAGCCAUGCAAAACUAACCCUAUCCAAGCCAUGCAAAGCUAACCCUAUCCAAGCCAUGCAAAACUAACCCUAUCCAAGCCAUGCAAAACUAACCCUAUCCAAGCCAUGCAAAACUAACCCUAUCCAAGCCAUGCAAAACUAACCCUAUCCAAGCCAUGCAAAACUAACCCUAUCCAAGCCAUGCAAAACUAACCCUAUCCAAGCCAUGCAAAACUAACCCUAUCCAAGCCAUGCAAAACUAACCCUAUUCAAGCCAUGCAAAACUAACCCUAUCCAAGCCAUGCAAAGCUAACCCUAUCCAAGCCAUGCAAAACUAACCCUAUCCAAGCCAUGCAAAACUAACCCUGUCCAAGCCAUGCAAAACUAACCCUAUCCAAACCAUGCAAAACUAACCCUAUCCAAGCCAUGCAAAACUAACCCUAUCCAAGCCAUGCAAAACUAACCCUAUCCAAGCCAUGCAAAACUAAGUGCAAAGGGAGGAAAACUCUGACCUGCACCUGCUGAAAUGUUUGUGCUUACUGUAUAUCCCUGUUGCAGUAAAGAAAAACUUUCAAGGCUGCUGUUAUUUAUGAACCACAUGUUUGUGUUAUGUUGGAGUUUAAAAUACCUUUACAGGGUCUGCAGAAAAGUCUAGAUGAUGAAGUUCUACUCUUGGUGAUGUAAGAUUUGACAGUUGGUUAUGACAUACUUUUUCUAAGGUACUGGUUAGAAAUGUUCCCUCUGGGAUUAAUAAAGUACCAAUAUUUACAUCUAUCUAGCACAGUAUGCACAGUAUGUCCUUGAACUAGUUAACAUUGAAGACACUGCCAUGUUUUCAAUCCUCACCUCAGUGGAUAGCUAUUGCUAUCUAGUUGUGCUGUCUUUGAGACUCUUUACUCAUGUUGGUAAAUAAGGAGCACACACAUUGAUUCUAUUGCAGCCCAACAUAACUAUGGAAUGUCAAAUCAAAUAAUGUAUGACAAUAACAUAUCACACGUGUUAGUAUUACAAAACCCACUGCAAACAGACACACAGUCUUCUUCAUCUUUGUCGGUCCUAUUCUCUCCUUUCAUCUCAUGUACCUUAUCGUGUGUCAUCAAGGUGCUUCCUAGAACACAGCCAACAUACUCUUAUCAUCGGCAGUCAUUUGGUCAUGUGAUAUAGGACAUAAGAAUACCAUUUAUGUGUCAUGGCCUACAUAACGGCACAUGAACAGUAGCUCAUUUCAUUCUACCAUAUGAGGUACGGGAACCAAACCAAACUUGUUUUGCAGUGUCAUGUUUUGCAAUCUCAUGACACUGGAGUUACAGUUCAUAGCUUUUAUGUUUAUCAUUUUAUAAUUGAUCAUUUACCCCUCUGUCAUUCACUAUAGCAUUCAUUCUUUCUCACAUUUGAAAAUUAAGUAAUGUUGCUGUGAAGGUUUCUAUGUUGCCGCAAUGUGGAAGCAAAGAGAUUCUAUGCAUAAUACAUUAUUUACUAAGGGGGAAACUAUUUGACUUCUCUUAUUUCGUUUAUUCCUUGUCAAUGUCUUAAGGGGCAAGGUUCAUUACAGUAACUGUCCUCUGUUUAAGCUGAACAGGUGGGUCGGUGUUAACCUGAAAAGAUACUAAAAUCAGUGUUCACUCAAUCCAAUAUCAGUUACACAAAAAGUCCAAGGAUCAACACCUAGUUCUGUUUGAUUCAGGUUGGAAUGUUCUAGCUCUAGAUUGUCAACUUUCUUUUCCAAGUUGAGGUCUGUAGAAUAACCACUAGAGGGCAGCAGAUGCCCAAUCUGUAGUCUGUUUUUGGUGACAGAAACUAUUCAGGAGAUACAUACAUUUAUUGGGAGCAUGUUUAGAGUGAGUUUACAACUCCUUGAUGAAUAUUUUAUGUAAACGAUUAGCAACUAAACUUCCAUAGAGUAGUAUUUGUAAUACACCCGUUGUCUGUUGUCAAAAAGCAUGUAACAUGUCAGCUUCCUCCCUCAACGCUACCUGAGGAAAACCUAUUUGCGUCAUGGUGUAAUAUUCUAUGCUAAUCUGCUCCUACUUGUAUAACCUUUUGUAACUAUUUCUGUGAAUAUUUCACAAAAGUUUAUCUGUGUCACACAGGCAGUUUUUUUUAUCUGCCAUUUAGGGGCAUUUUUGAAACUGACCUUCUCUCACUUGGCAGGGGGCUAAGAAGAUGCUGUCCCUGGGCAUCACAGGUCCGGAGGGUCAUGAGUUGUGUCGUCCUGAGGAGGUGGAGGCUGAGGCCACUCAGAGAGCCAUCACCAUCGCCCACGCUGUCAACUGCCCGCUCUAUGUGGUCCACGUCAUGAGCAAGUCUGCCGCUAAGGUUGUGUCCAACGCACGCAGAGAUGGUGAGUGGGCCUGACACUGCCUGCUGGGAGGAACUGUGGGUGGGAAAGAAUGACAGAGAGAGAGAGAAAAGUGAGAGAGACUGAGAGAGAGACAUACAGAGACAGAGAGAGAGAGAGAGAGGCUAAACAUGACAUGGAUGGUGAUCUGUGUUAUGUAUGCAUGGUUGUAGAGAUGUUUGUACCCCAACAGGCCGUGUGGUGUUUGGUGAGCCCAUAGCAGCAGGACUGGGUACAGAUGGCACCCACUACUGGCACAAAGACUGGGCCCACGCUGCCAAGUUCGUCAUGGGCCCACCUCUGAGGCCCGACCCCAGCACCCCGGGAUACCUCAUGGACCUACUGGCAAAGUAUGUGGAGCCUUAG